CGUACGAUGUCCAUGGUACAGUCCCAUACGAAUGCCACACGAAUGCCACCUGUUAUCCGUCUUGGGAGUAUGGAUACAACUGUUCUUGCCACGAUGGCUUCGUAGGGGAUGGGUGGGUGUCUUGUGAAGUUGCAACGACGCAUUUCACCACCAUCCCGACAACAGGCAUCCAACAACGCAUAUCACGACCAUCCCAACAACAGGGCAACCAACAACGCAUAUCACCACCAUCCCGACAACAAAGCAACCAACAACGCAUAUCACCACCAUCCCGACAACAAAGCGUCCAACAACGCAUUUUACAACCAUCCCGACAACAGGGCAACCGACGACGCAUAUCACCACCAUCCCGACAACAGGGCAACCAACAACGCAUUUUACAACCAUCCCAACAACAGGACAUCCAACGACGCAUUUUACAACCAUCCCGACAACAGGGGACCCAACAACGCAACUGACCACUAUGUUAACGACGAAAGUCACCACCAUCCCUACCACAGCGCAUCCAACAACUCAAGUAACCACCCUUCAAACAACAAAAGUCACCACCAUCCCGACCACAGCGAAUCCAACAACUCAAGUAACCACUCUCCAAACAACAAAGCCAACGACGAAAGUCACCACCAUCCCUACCACAGCGCAUCCAACAACUCAAGUAACCACCCUUCAAACAACAAAAGUCACCACCAUCCCUACCACAGCGAAUCCAACAACUCAAGUAACCACCCUCCAAACAACAAAGCCAACGACGAAAGUCACCACCAUCCCUACCACAGCGAAUCCAACAACUCAAGUAACCACCCUUCAAACAACAAAAGUCACCACCAUCCCUACCACAGCGCAUCCAACAACUCAAGUAACCACCCUCCAAACAACAAAGCCAACGACGAAAGUCACCACCAUCCCUACCACAGCGCAUCCAACAACUCAAGUAACCACCCUCGAAACAACAAAAGUCACCACAAUCCCUACCACAGCGCAUGUAACAACUCAAGUCACCACAGAGAAAACUACACGUCCUACGACAGAAAAGACAACACUCCCUACUACCAUAGUUCCAACGACACGCAUCUCCACUGAAAGAACAACAACUCAGACAACACAACAAACUUACCCACAAAUCCACGCUUCCAUCAACAGUUCAGCCUACCACGUUGGUCACUACAGAGAAAACUACACAACAUACAACAGAAAAGACAACACUCCCUACAACCGUAGUUCCAACGACACACGUCUCCACUGAAAGAACAACAGCUCAGACAACACAACAAAC